CUUCCUUCCUUCCUUCCUUCCUUCCUUCCUUCCUUCCUUCCUUCCUCUUGCUCUCAAGUGUGCAACAGAAGCUAUUUUUGAUCCUCUCUUGCACUUUCAUCAGCAGCUGCACAUUUUGGAAAGCACUGGGUACCCUCCAAAUGUACUUUUCAUCUCACUUCAGAGAUGCUUAAAGGAUUACUUUUUCGCCAUUUCAAUUGAGCGAGCCACCUGCCUUCCUUCCAAUCAAACCUCUUCAGCAAGCAGGCAUUGACAGUUCCUGAAAGUAUGACUCUCAUGCUUCCUGUAGGCUGUUAAGCUUCCCUCCCUUGCUUUUCCCUUAUCUCCCCCUUAUUUCCUUCCUUCGCCUUUGUUCUGACUUUUGUUGUAUUGAGUUAUGCACCAAUCAACAUACACUUCUUCUCAAGAAGUGUACUGGUUGCCGAUUGCUCCUGUGUCUAACUGUAACAGAAGAAGCUUUCAUUGUUCAUGCUCUUGCAUUACACAUCACCAUGGCAGGGGGGUUGUACUGAUGGAGACUUGAAGGAAAUGUCUGUAAAAGACGCUGGCAGUAUAAAGCCAAGGUAAAAUAAAGAGGCCAAGAAUGAACAAUUUGGGUCACAGUGAAGGGCUUAAGUUUCCACUGUCACAUCAAACUACUAUCUACUUCCUGGCAGAACGUCUAGUUCUGCUUUUGUCUCCCUUAUGGUGGACAUAGUUCAUAGUUCUCGGAAGCACAGUACUUGUCCAGGUGUUUGCAUGUUUGGGGGGGGGGUCUUUUCCAGGAUGUUAUAGAGCCCUUUAUGCAUCCUGAUUCCUCAUGUGAUGAAGGGGAAUUGGAGUGAGUGUUCUAACUGCACCCUGUCACUUUGCCCUGAAGUGAAGAGUCAUUUCUCCUUGCCCAGGCUCCCUGUGCAACUUGGAAGCCUGAUCUUUCAGGAGUUCCAAAUUUCACAGGUGACCCUACCUGUUUGCUCCCUUUUGCAGACGUUUGCCUCCAAUAUAUGAAGGGAGACAAGGACUGCAAGGUGAGGCAGAGCUGCUUGUUGGUCCGCACUCUCCCUUGCACAGAUCUAAUGUUGCGGGGGUAUCAGAACACACAAAUAAGGCUCAAAUUAAGGAGCAAAGUAAACUGAAGUCACUAAAUGGGAUUUUCCCAGCCUUGCUUGUUUUUGCAGUUUUAUGGUGACUUUUCCACUAUAAAACUGCAAAUAUAGUGAAAAAAAAACACUAUAAAACUGCAAAUACACAUUGUUAGCAAGGCUGGAAAAAUCCUAUUCAGCGCCGGUUGGACAGUGUUCUCGAAGCUAUGAACAUGGGUUUGACCAAGCUGCGGGAGGCAGUGGAAGACAGGAGUGCCUGGCGUGCUAUGGUCCAUGGGGUCAUGAAGAGUUGGACACGACUAAACAAGUAGUGAUUUUUUUUAAAAAAAGAUUGCGUAAAGUUUAUAUCUGCAAAUUCUAAAUACAGUUCUUCAAUAAAUCAACUCAGUAGCUAAACCUAUGCACUAAUAACUAAUCUAAAUACAAUAAUUCUUAUAAAUCUUCUUUAAAUAUACAAAUUAAUUACCUGAAAAGAAUAACAGAAAUCCAAUUCUUUUCAAGAGCACAUUUUAAUUUUAAUUGGGCUAUUUAGGCAGAAUGUAACUUUCAAUCUAGCCCCUUUGCUCUGUAGUUAAUGCUUCCUAAUUUUGUUUAUUUGUUAGCUCUUUUCCGAACCACCUGCAUAGUUUAAUUAAAAAAACAAAAAUGGGAUCCAACACAAUCCCAUGUCCUGUCAUUAAGGUCUCUCUCCCCCCUUUUUCUUUGAAAAUUGCCAUGUCCAACACACAUGACAAUUUCUGUUCUUUUUUCUGACUGCUUUCUAAUUAUGAUUAGCAUACAUGGGUUGUCUUCUCUUUUUAAAAAUAAUAAUAAUAAAACCAGUUACAAAUAGCCUGCAACACUGUGUAAUUUUUCACUGCUGAAAAAAUAAGACUGUUCAAACUGGCUAUGGGUGAGGUUAUACACUACAUAAUAAUUAUUUGUAUGGUGUUGCCUUUCACAACCUGGUACUCUCUAGAAGGUUUGGAUCACAGCUCCCAGUUGUGCUGGCUCAGUCUGAUGGAAGUUGUUCCCUCCAGAUGGGGAAGGCUGGAAUAAUGCCUCAAGUGUUAGAAACACUUCACAAACAAUUUCUCAGUAACCCUGCAAGGUAGGCUAGCAUUGCUGCCAUAUUGCAGAUAGGGCCAUGACCCUGAGCUUAGUGGUAUUUUGAGGACAUCUGCGCCUGGGAUAAGAAACUGUCUUGUAUUGCUAGCCACUGCUCUCCCACCAGAUUUUAAAGGAAAAGUAGCUUAUUUCCCAACAUGCCUUUCUCAAAUAUUCCCAUAACCUCUUUCCUUCCUGGCAGCACAAUAAACAUCUGGUUUGCAAAGGGAUGCAAAUGUUGUUGUCGUUUAGUCGUGUCCGACUCUUCGUGACCCCAUGGACCAGAGCACGCCAGGCACUCCUGUCUUCCACUGCCUCCCGCAGUUUGGUCAGACUCAUGUUCGUAGCUUCGAGAACACUGUCCAACCAUCUCGUCCUCUGUCGUCCCCUUCUCCUAGUGCCCUCAAUCUUUCCCAACAUCAGGGUCUUUUCCAGGGAGUCUUCUCUUCUCAUGAGGUGGCCAAAGUAUUGGAGCCUCAGGUUCAGGAUCUGUCCUUCCAGUGAGCAAGGGAUGCAAAUACACAUGCAGAAUUUGGGGCACAUCAGGGACUGAAAGAAUAAGGAGUGGCUCAACAAAUUGGGGCGGAAGUCAAAAUUUGAACCAUGUCAAGUGUAGCUAGGGCGAAAUGGACAUCUUUAACACAGAUCAGUAAGCAGGAGAGAUCUUGAGUUCUUCUGCAUUGCACCAAUGGGCAAGGGUGUGGUUGCCUCUGGUCCAAUCAGACAGCAAGUUUUUAACGAUCAGGAAAGAAGCCAUAGUCCCUGGUAUGUCUCUGCAGUCUCUUAGGAAACUUACCUUGCUGCAUGCAAAAAACGGGUUCUGAACAGUUGUGUUGCUGGAGGGCUUUGAAUGAUGGAACUUUUUAAGUUUUAUGUGGUGUAACUUGUUUCUUUCUUGUGUUUCCUUUGCUGUUGCAGCUGCACUUCGAGAUCAUAAUGCAGCAGAAAAAUGAAAGAGCAUAGGAGAAAAAUACAGCGGAGAAGUCGGUUGCUGGCUGGUUAUCGAAAAUGGACAGUGGGAUUUUGGGGGCUGAAGCAAUACUGCUUCCAAAGGAACCGUCUUUCUCUACUUAAAGGAGGGAGGCGAGGCACUUGGACAUCUGUGAGCCUGAAACAAACUAAGCCCUACAGAAGCAAGGUUCUUUGGCUCCAGAGGAAGUGGGCUCCCAAAGUGUUCCUAAAUGCAAACCCCCAGCAAGUUGUACCCUUUGAAAACUGCACCUCCCCACAAAACAUACACAGAAGUCUUUUUCCUUGGUGCAAAAGUGGAGGACCUGUUACAGUGGCAGAGGAGCUGGGUGGCACAUCCUUUCAGAGCGAAGAACUUCUGAAUGAAUUUUGCAGUUUAACAGCUGACUCAAAGCCUUCUCAGAGCAAGCAGUACAGCACCGAGACCAGCAAUACUACCUUCCUGGUAAAAGAGGAUGGUCUUGCUCGGAAGGUGGGCGAGAGCAAUAACAGUGGAAACAGUGGCGUUGAGGUUCUGAACAACUCCAGAAGGAAGCGCUGCUGCCAAGGCCUAGAGCAAAAUGGAACUUGUGACCUCCUGACUAUUAGGAGGAGGCAUAGAUUUAAAAGGUGUACUUUAAAAAACAGAUCUCUAUUUAUGAUGUAUAAGAAACCUUCUGUGGUCAAGUUUCGGAUUAGAAUCGCAAAAUCUCGUCCCAGGUUUUGGAGAGGCAAGACGUGCAAGUUGAGCAUAAGGAGGCCGAGCUGGGUGGAGAAAGUAAGCAGAGAUUGGCAAGAGGACCUCCGCCGAGGAGUCUCUGCGGGUGGUUCUGGGGCCUCGCUUCCCUCUUGGAAACUGAAAAGUAAAUCUCCCUGGAACCUGCUCAGCUUGUCAGAUAUGAACAGUCAUAUGCCAGGACCAUUGAUUGAGGAGAGUCGAACACACCUGCCCGACGCCUGCCUCACCCAGGGCGCAUGCUUGCCGUGCAGGGAGCUCCAUUACAAGGAACUUGCGCCCAGAGACCAAAAUGGCAUCGCUGAGCCCUGCAUGCCGGAGUUGCAUGGAGCAGCAGCGGCAUGUGGAGCACAGCCUGCGCACAAGGAGGAAACGCAGAAGGCACCCGCACUGGACAGCUGCCCUGAUAGUUUCGUCUCUGUGACGGAGAAAGAAAUCUCGGUUUUAGGUCCAGGAGAUGGAGGAACGAAUCAGUUUACGGGUGCCGGCGAGACAGUGCUGGGGCCCUCCAGGGCGGAUUUGGGCACAAACGACGGUUUUGCUAAUGGGCUUGUUUCCGUGGAGCUGCCGCAAAAUGAGGACAGUGGUCAGAUGGAGGUGGAAGGGCCCAUAAGCAUGGACGUAUUUGGCGCAGAGCUCUUAGAUCACCCGUACUGUAAAAGCCCUCAUGAUGAGCCUCUGAGAGGAAGCACAGGACAGAAAUCAGGGACCCAAAAGAGUGGGAAAAGAAGCAGCCAGAGAGCUUCUUGCGUCAGUGACGAGCAGUUGGCUGUGUGGCUUUGUGGAUUCCUAGAUGAUGUAAUGAAGAAAUACGGCAGUCUAAUUCCACUCUGUGAAAAGGAUGUUAUGGGAAGAUUAAAGGAAGUCUUUAAUGAAGACUUCUCCUAUAGAAAGCCAUUCAUCACCAAGGAAAUCAUGAAGUAUCAGACGAGGCAUCCCAAAUCUUCCACUUGCAAUUUCCGGGUCUUCUAUAACAAGCACAUGCUGGAUAUGGAUGAUUUGACAACGUUGGAUGGUCAGAACUGGCUAAACGACCAGAUUAUCAACAUGUAUGGCGAGCUAAUAAUGGACGCAGUCCCUGACAAGGUUCAUUUCUUCAACAGCUUUUUUCAUAGACAGCUGGUAACCAAAGGAUAUAACGGAGUAAAACGAUGGACUAAAAAGGUGGACCUCUUCAAAAAGACGCUCUUGUUAAUUCCUAUUCAUCUGGAAGUCCACUGGUCCCUAAUUACUGUGAAUCUCCCUAACCGAAUUAUUUCGUUUUACGACUCUCAAGGCAUUCACUUUAAGUUCUGUGUUGAGAACAUACGCAAAUACCUGCUGACAGAAGCUAGAGAGAAGAACCACCCCGAUUUCCUUCAGGAUUGGCAGACUGCUGUUACAAAGUGCAUUCCACAACAGAAAAACGACAGUGACUGUGGAGUUUUUGUGCUCCAGUACUGCAAGUGCCUCGCCUUAGACCAGCCUUUUCAGUUCUCCCAAGAAGACAUGCCUCGGGUGCGAAAAAGGAUUUACAAGGAGCUCUGCGAAUGCCGGCUAAUAGACUAAUAAAAGGAAGAGAAGGAAAGAGAGAAGCUACCCCUUUUGGCAUUUUUGAAGAGCCCAGGCUGGUAUUUUGUGUACUUGAAUUUUCUGAGAAACUUCCAUGGAUUUCAAAACGAGUCAUGGCGGAGCAGUGUGGCCAACACAAUUACCUCAAACAUUUUUUUCUGACAUGCUCCUUAACCGGUGGACCUGCCACAAAAUAUUCCCAAUGUCAGUCGUUUGUUCCUCCCUCCCCCCUUUUCUUUUCGUUUUCUAAUGUUCUUUCCUGUAUUUAAUAUUUAUUAUCUUAAAACGCAUGCGCAUAGGCAAAGCAUGCGACUAAAUGAGAAGUAUAAAACUGUAGAAUUGGUGCACCUUUUGAAACGUAGCUAGAAACAGAAGAGAAUAAUACAGGUUAAACUUUUUUGUCUGAAAACAUAAAUGCAUGUUCCAUUUCCCCCCCCCUCUCUGAUGCAAUAAUGCUUUGAAUGUACAAAGAAACCCAAUGCCAUAACAAGAGCAGUUACAACAUUUCGUCUAAAAAAAACCAACAACCUGAGACUAUUCCUCCUUCAGUCUUUUUAAAAGCUCCAAAUUCCCAUUACAUUGGGAAGAAGAGGGGUGUGGUGGAAACUGGCCUAUAUAUUUGAUUUGUGGAAGUCCAGCAAAGUUUUAAGUCAUUGCAACUUUUUUUUGGGGGGGGGGGAGAAAUUCUACUAGAUGGCUACUAGAUCACCCUACAGUUCAAAAGCAAUCCCUUGUACACGAUACUCUUUAGUACUAAUAAAAGAUGGAGAUGCUAGUUCGGUUGGA